GUUGAACUCUCAACCCUUUUUCAGCAAUGCUAUAACGGCGGAAAAUACAUUGGUAAUCAAUGCAGCUGUCCAGUUGGAUGGACUGGAACGUUCUGUGAACUGCCGAAAUGCACAAACAAAGGAAUAUCUCCUGAAUUCAUCCUGAAUGAAGUUGACAUGGUGUUCAUGGUUGAACUCACUGCCCAAUCUCAUGCUCAGGUUAGGGCUUCGUUUCCUCUCAUUGCAGUUCGUAUGAGCGAUUAG